GACCACAGAGGAAGAAGUGGGGAUCUGCUAAACCGCUAGAAAAACAUUUAAUGCAGCAAAGGAUCAUUCAUAUGUAUUUUGAAUAAAAGUAAGCAUGAUUUUAAUUGAAUUUUGUUUAUAUAUUGGUGGAUAAUAUCUGCGAUGCGGAUCCAGCAUUGGAGGAAGAGACGCCAAUGUCUCCAUUUUGUGAUUUUUAUAUUGCUGUGUCAACGGACUUUUCAAAUUCGAUACGCCAUUCAGGAAGAACUGUCUCUCGGAGCCGUGGUAGGGAAUGUGGCUAAAGACUUGGGAUUGGACACGCGCGGGCCGGAGGAACGCAACCUCCGUAUUGUGACGGGAACAAAGCAGGACCUUUUCCAGGUAAAUCAAAGAGACGGAGCCGUAUUUGUGAACCAGAGGAUAGACAGAGAGGACCUGUGCGGUAAAACGGAUCCAUGUUAUAUCAAUUUAAAAGCUGUGAUAGAAAACCCCUUAGAAAUACACCAUAUUACUGUACAAAUUUUAGAUGUUAAUGAUCAUUCCCCUAGUUUUACUGACAGAGAAUAUCGUUUAGAAAUCCCCGAGUCAACAGUAACCGGAGCACGAUUCCAGCUUGAAGAAGCACAGGAUACAGACAUCGGACUGAAUGCUUUGCGUUCAUAUAAACUGAGUCAGAACGAUUACUUUGUUUUGGAAACAAGGGAUUUGAGAAAAGAUAGCAAAAUCCCAUUUCUAAUAUUGCAGAAGUCGUUAGAUAGAGAAAAUAUCGCACGGUUUAAUGUAACAUUGACAGCUGUAGAUGGUGGUAUCCCACCGAAAAUUGGUAGUCUAAAUAUUAAUAUUACUGUUCUAGAUGCUAAUGACAAUGCCCCCGUCUGUGAUGAGCAGCAAUAUACAGUUGUAGUAAAAGAAAACAUUCCUGUUGGUACCUUUUUGAUUAAAAUCAAUACAACAGAUUUAGAUGAGGGAGGUAACGGUGAAGUGGAAUACUCAUUCAGAAAUGCAUUCAGGAACAAAGUAGGCGAUCUUCUAGAACUGAACUCUAAAACCGGAGAAUUAACAGUAAAGGGACUAAUAGAUUUUGAGGAAAGUAAAAAUUAUGAAAUUAAUAUUGAAGUUUCUGAUAAAGGUGCAUUACCAUUAAAAACGCAAUGCAACGUAUUUGUGAAGGUGGAGGAUGAGAAUGACAACAGACCUGAGAUAGACAUCACCUCCUUGUCCAGUCACGUUCCCGAGAACGCGCCUGUAGGUACCGUGGUGGCGCUGAUCGCAGUAACUGACCUGGAUUCAGGUGUGAAUGGACAGGUGGUUUGUACGCUGCCCAAAGGCAUGCCGUUUGAACUGAAACAUUCGAGUGAGGACAAUUUCUACUCGUUAGUAACAAAGAGCCGCUUAGACAGAGAGUUGGUACCACAGUAUGAGAUAAUUAUAACAGCGAAGGAUAUGGGAUCCCCUUCGUUAUCCUCCGUUAAGACAGUCCGCGUGGAAUUAUCAGACGUUAACGACAACAGUCCGGUUUUCUCACAGAGUCCCUACACCUUCUAUAUAACGGAAAAUAACGAGCCUGGUGCAUCGAUAUUCAAAAUUAGUGCCUCUGAUGCAGAUGAGAGUGAAAAUGCUCUAAUUUCCUAUUCAUUUGGGAACGUAAUUCCAAGUCAAAGUUACUCACGUGAUUCCAACUGCAUAGACACGAGCGGGAACGGAACUCUGUGUCACAGCAUCCAGUACAGAUCCGGAGAGAAACGGUACAUGUUAGUUGGACCUAGAAUGAGUAUUGGUUCUACUCUUGUCCCUGGGAGCAACGGGAAUACGCUUGUGGUCCAAGACCCCGGUAUGAGAGUUUCCGGCGAGGAGGAAUUACCGCUCGGCACCGUAGUGGGGAAUGUGGCUAAAGACAUCGGACUGGAUACAAGCGUGUUGGUGGAUCGGAACCUGCGUAUUGUGACGGGAACAAAGCAGGACCUUUUGCUGGUGGAGGAUGAGAAUGACAACAGGCCUGAGAUAGACAUCACCUCUUUAUCCAGUCACAUUCCUGAGAACGCGCCUGUAGGUACCGUGGUGGCGCUGAUCGGAGUCACUGACCUGGAUUCAGGUGUGAAUGGACAGGUAGUUUGUACACUAGCUGAGGAUGUGCCUUUUGACCUGAAGCAUUCAAAGAGGUGA